GGGUUGCCGGGUGUUUCUCUCAGCUGCCUGCUGGUCUGGUUGCUGUUGGUAACUUUGCUUGAUUAGAUCAACGGAUCAGAUUUCAGGCCUCUCUCCUGCUCCCCCCACCCCCCCCUUGGAAAGACUGAAGUGGAACUGAAACUGGAGUGGUGCUAAAAGUAUGCACGGAGCUGCUAGUUGCGGCGGAGAAAAUCGUGACGGUGCUUCCUUGGAAACACUCAUCGGAGUUGGAGCUCAAGUGAUUUGGGGGAAGGUGGGGGGUAAGAAAGAAGUGAGAGCCUCAGGAUAGAUAAGCUCCAGGGAGAGAAAAGAGGGAGGGAACAAGGGAGGGAGGAGGAGGAGGGAGAGAGCUCUCAAAGGAAAGAAGGAGUCUUUCUCUCUCUCCAUUUCUGUUUGUCUGACUUGCCGGCUGCUGCUUCUUCUUCCGUCUGUAUUCUCAGGUUUUCUCGCUGCCGGCGACGGGCUAAAGGAGUUUAAGUGUGUUUUGUUCGCCUCUCGGAUUUGAACAUGGACUCGGGCUGAACAGCUACACGCAGUGAGCUGUGAGAAGAGUCACUGGAGAUUCCCUGUAAGCAGCUUGAUCUGAUCUGAUGUCUACAAGGAAUGGCAGCAGCUCUGUCUUUCUGAAGAAAUUUGUGGCAUGAAACCAGAUCACAUACGUCUUUCGUUCACCUCCUCCUUCAUCUCCCUUCACCACUCUCCAGUUAGAAGCACACACCUCAGCUUCGCUGCAUUGAUGAGGUAACAUCAGGCUCCGUGCAUCGCAGAACCCACCUGCAGCAACGUUACCUUCCCCUCUUCCUUCCUCUUCUGUCAGUCAGUCAUUCCAUCGCAGCCAUGGGCCAAAAGAUCUCUGGCAGCAUUAAAUCAGUAGAUGGUCGUGGGGAAAGCGGUGGCUCCCCAUCCUACCGACCCCUGACUCAUCGUCGGCAGCACCCAGAGCUAAGGGGCCCGGAUUUCUCCAAACCUACCAGGCUGGAUCUCCUACUGGACAUGCCGUGCGCUGGACUGGAGACCCAGAUCCGUCACGCAUGGAACCCUGAUGACCGGUCACUUAACAUCUUCAUUAAAGAGGAUGAUAAGUUGACCUUUCACCGCCAUCCUGUUGCUCAGAGCACGGACUGCAUUCGGGGACGAGUCGGAUACACAAGGGGUCUCCACGUGUGGAAGAUCCACUGGCCUGUCCGGCAGCGAGGUACCCACGCUGUAGUUGGAGUGGCAACCUCUGAAGCCCCUUUACAUUCUGUUGGGUACACAGCGUUAGUUGGGUCGGACUGUGAGUCCUGGGGCUGGGAUCUGGGACGUAAUAGGCUCUACCAUGACAGUAAGAACCGGGCCCACAGCUCGCUGCCCUCUUACCCUUGUUUUCUGGAGCCGGAGGAAUCGUUCACCCUUCCGGACUCUCUGUUAGUGAUUCUGGACAUGGAUGAAGGAACCUUAAGUUUUAUGGUGGAUGGACAGUAUCUGGGAGUGGCUUUUAGAGGGCUGAAAGGAAAGAAGCUGUAUCCCGUCGUCAGUGCUGUGUGGGGACAUUGUGAGAUAUCCAUGAAGUACAUCAAUGGCUUGGAUCCUGAGCCUCUUCCUCUCAUGGACCUGUGUCGGCGUGCGGCCCGGCUGGCGUUAGGCAGAGACCGGCUUCAGGAGAUCGAGCGCCUUCCUCUGCCCCAGUCCCUCAAAAAUUACCUCCAGUACCAGUGACUGACACCAGCAGAGCCAGCUGCGAAUACAAGGAACAUACAAGAAAGCCCAAAUAUGGACGGAUGAAAGAAUUAAAUUAUGAAUUCAAAGAAGGGAUGAUUGAUGCAAGAAUGUCCACAGUGGGAGCGCCGUGGCUCGCACAGAUUUCUAAAAGGAUGGGAUAGGAAGAUGGUGUCUGAA